AAUAAAACCAAAAACACACAAAAAUUCCUGUCUGGUUUUCUGCUCCUUUCAAAUCUGUCUCUUUCCCCAGACCAAAAAGAAAUUACUAACUUUCGGUAAACAAACCAACCCUGCACCGGUUGCAUUAGUUUCAACUGCAAGACUUUUGGCACCAGAUUUUCUUUUCUCGGAAAAUCUCAGGUUUACAUUGAUGUCUGGAACUUUCCAAGCCAAGGGGGGAAAGAAAAAUUUGAUUUCCUCCUGUUUUCUUGGUGACCAAUCAAAAUUAAAUCUCAUCAUAAUCAUAUUUAUAUAUAUGAUCAGUCCUUGGGGUCCUGGUAAACCAUUUUAACAUCGGAUACAAUAGGAUUGCAUCAUUAUAUAUAUGCUUCAUCUUGAGGGUCAUAGGAGAUUGGAUUAUCCCAUUUGCAUGCAAAUUGCAUUACAAUGGCAUUUUAUUUCCCCAGGAGACACCAGUCUGUAAGAAGUUCAGAUCAUUAUGCAGAGAAAACAAGCGAAGAACCACAGCCUCACGUUAAUUACAAAAAUGCUCAGACCACCGUCACGUUGAUGUACCAAACAAACUUAGUAGGGUAUUUGCAAAGCAUUACGAUUUUGUGGUGCAAGAACCUUAUGAACCAUUCUCUCACCAUAAUGGUAAACAGUACGGAAGGAACUUCUCAAUACAGUUGCAAGAUCGAUCUUAAGCCCUGGCAUUUCUGGAGCAGAAAGGGGUAUAAAUCAUUUUACGUUGAUGGCAAACAAGUUGAUGUCUACUGGGACCUUCGUUCGGCUAAAUUCAACAGCAGUCCCGAACCGACGGCGGAUUAUUAUGUAGCUCUAGUUGCAGAUCAAGAAGUGGCUUUAUUGUUGGGGGAUUACAAGAAAAAAGCCUACAAGAGAACGAAAUCAAGACCCGCAUUGGUUGAACCAUUGCUGUAUUAUAAGAAGGAAAACGUGUUUGGCAAGAAGACCUUCGCGACAAAAGUUCGGUUCGGGGAGAAACGAAAAGAACACGACAUCAUUGUGGAGAGCGCGACGAGUGGAUUAAAAGACCCUGAAAUGUGGAUAAGCAUGGAUGGGGUAGUGUUGAUUCAUGUUAAGAAUUUGCAGUGGAAGUUCAGGGGAAACCAGACAGUUUUGGUGGAUAAACAACCGGUUCAAGUUAUGUGGGAUGUGCAUGAUUGGUUGUUUACCAGCCCUGCACCGGGGCAUGGUUUGUUUAUAUUCACGCCCCUUGAGGCCGAAGCUGACAGUGAUAUAGAGGGGAGUGGGCAUGGAGGAGACAGUGAUACCAGCACUGGGAGUAGGUAUUAUUCCACGAGAAGCCCCGCCAAUACGUGCGAUUUCAGCUUGUUUCUUUAUGCAUGGAAGACUGAGUGA